UAGGAAUGCAGUAAAAAACAGAAAAAUGAUGAUACACAAAGUACAUCUGUUGAUGCAUUGAGUUCAAAUGAUGGUUUUGAAGAGAAAAAUGAGUUUCAUACAUUGGCUAAUGCUAAAAUUCUCCUUAGUGACUGCCUAGCUUGUGAUAAUUGUAUGACAUCAGAAGAAGGAGCCAGAGUUUUCCAACAGAAUCAGAAGGAGCUCUUUCGUAUUCUUAACCUUAACAAGAAAUGUGAUACCUCAAAACACAAAGUGUUGGCAGUGUCUAUAUGCCCCCAGUCAUUGCCUUAUUUUGCUGCUAAAUUCAGUAUCUCUGUGAAUGAUGCAGCCAAGAGACUCUGUGGUUUCCUCAAAAGUCUCGGGGUGCAUUAUGUAUUUGACACCACUAUAGCUGCUGAUUUCAGUAUCCUGGAGAGCCAGAGGGAAUUUGUGCAGCGGUAUCAACGGAGGAACCAGGAGGAGCAUGCCUUACCAAUGUUUGCCUCUGCUUGCCCCGGUUGGAUCCGGUAUGCUGAAAGGGUACUUACCAAUCUUGUGACCUCUCACAUUUGCACUGCAAAGUCUCCACAGCAGAUCAUGGGCUCCCUGGUGAAGGGCUACUUUGCCAGGCAGCAGAACUUGUCUCCUGAUAAAAUUUUCCAUGUAAUUGUGGCGCCUUGUUACGACAAAAAGCUGGAAGCUUUGCGGGAAGAUUUCUACACUGCCUUGUAUAAUUCGCAAGAAGUUGAUUGUGUUCUGACAUCAGGUGAAAUUGUCCAAAUAAUGGAACAGAAGAAUGUGUCUAUGAAAGAUGUGACUGAAGUAGCUGUAGAUAGUUUGUUUGAUGAAAUAAAGGAGGGAGAUGUGGUGAGGCAUGAUGGGAAGAGAUCAGAUGGUUACCUGGAGCACAUUUUUAAACAUGCUGCGAAGGAGCUUUUUGGCAUGGAUAUCAAAGAAAUCACCUACAAAGCAUUAAAAAACAAGGACUUUCAAGAAGUUACCCUUGAAAAGGAUGGUGAGACAGUGCUGCGUUUUGCAGCAGCUUAUGGCUUUAGAAAUAUCCAGAACAUGGUUCUUAAGUUGAAAAAAGGAAAGUUUUUAUACCAUUUUGUAGAAGUCCUUGCCUGCCCAGGAGGGUGCCUAAAUGGUAAAGGUCAGGCCCAAACUGAAGAUGGAAAACCAGAUAAAGCACUGCUUAACCAGAUGGAAGAAGUGUAUGCUGCAAUACCUGUUAGACUUCCAGAAACCAACGUGCACGUACAAAAGCUGUACCAGGACUGGCUGGAAGGCAUGGACUCUAAGAAGGUCCAGGAAACUUUGCACACCAAAUACAGCGCAGUAAAUCAAACAGCAAGCAAUCUGGAUAUCAAAUGGUAAUGAAUCAAACUUGCAAAAGAUUUGCUUAGGUUAGUUACAGAUUCAGCACUGGAAACAUUCUAUGCAAUCGCAGAUGCUAUGCACUAGCCGAGUGUAUGAAUGAGACGCUUCCUAAUUGCGGAUUAUUUGUGAAGAACCAUUGCUUUUUAAAAACAGAGAAGUCUUCGAAAGCCCUGGUUCCUGCCAUUGUCAUUUAACUUUUACUGUGUGUAAUCUCCUGCAUAUAAUGGAUUUCUUUAUUCAAAAACUUGAUCUUGCAAGGUACAUAAGCACUUUCUGCCAGGUGCAGGGAGUG